GUUGGAUUAGCAACUGAAAUGCUCUUCUCGAGUAGUUGGUGAGAAUUUUUAGGAGAAAGCAAACCUUAUAAAAAUACUUGCUCUUAGGAUUAAAGCGAGCCAACUGGUACACUAUUUUUUGUACUGAUGACUGUGGAUUGUACGCGCAACAUUUUGCCAAUCGCGCUUUAUCCAAUGGAAGCUGACAAAGAGCCGUCGAUCAACAUAGACAAUUCAGAAAUAGUUGUCCUUAGUUCAGAUGAUGAAAAUGAUUCUCAAAAUUCUCAUGACAAUAUUUCAAAUGAAAAACUUUCAAGCAGUGUUAUAUCUGUCGAAGAUGAUGAUGAUAAUAAUACUAAUAAUGACGAGUCUGCCGAAAGCGAUUGUGAGAUCUUAAAUGUUGAAGAGUUGCAAGGUGAAGAGAAGUGGCGUGAUAUUCAUGGUCCCUUCAAGCGACUGAACAGGCUCAUACAAGCUGGCUUUAAUGAUCCACGGCUAUUGUUGGUUCGUGUUUUUGGGAUGGAUGAAAACUCUUUACCAUCUGAUCCUAACCAAUUAUUAAGUUUAUUAUUGACACUGUUGGCCGAACCUGCUCCACGACGUAGACUGCGCCGUAUAAAUAGUCUAGAAAAAGUUCUGUCUCUUCUGUCUACUUGUACAUCAAUCCUCGUAAUCACUGGUGCUGGGAUUUCAGUGUCAUGUGGAAUUCCUGAUUUUCGUUCUCGUGAUGGUAUUUAUGCUCGCUUAUCUCGGGAUUAUCCAGAUCUAUCAAGUCCACAGGCAAUGUUUGACAUGUCAUAUUUCAAACGAAAUCCUAUUCCUUUCUUUAAAUUCGCCAAGGAGCUCUUCCCUGGUCAGUUUUCACCCUCGAUUACUCACCGGAUGAUUGCUUUAUUGGAGUCCAAAGAUAAAUUAUUGCGUAACUACACACAGAAUAUCGAUACUUUGGAACAGGCCGCUGGAAUUACUCGACUUAUUCAGUGUCAUGGUUCAUUUGCAUCAGCCACUUGUACAAACUGUAAAUUAAAAGUUUCAUCUGAUUUUAUUAAAGAGGCUAUUUUUAAUCAGUCUAUACCACGAUGUAUAAAUUGUUGGCCGUCAAAAAUUGAUUCGUCAUCAUUAUUACCAGAUGAAAUGAUUGAUUCGGAGUCUACAAAUCAUUCAUCUGAUUUAUCUACUGUAGAAGAAAAUCCUAAUAAUAGUAACAAUAAUAAUAAUAAUAAUAGUAGUGAUAAUAAUAAUAAUAAUAUGUCAGUUGAUAUAUCUCCAAAAGUUAAAUCGAAACGAACUAAUAAAUCUCGACGUAGACUAGCUUCAUAUGGUGUAUUAAAACCGGAUAUCGUGUUUUUUGGUGAAGGUUUAUCAAAUGAAUUUCAUGACUCUCUUUCCAAUGAUAUAAAACAAACGGAUCUAGUUUUAGUUAUUGGAUCAUCGUUAAAAGUUCGACCUGUCUCUCAUAUUCCUAAUGCUGUUCCUAGGCAAGUUCCACAAAUACUUAUUAAUAGAGAACCUUUAUCUAAUCAUGAUUUCGAUGUUGAAUUGCUUGGAGAUUGUGAUAUAAUUGUCAGCGAAUUAUGCCAUCGAUUGGGUUGGGAAGUUUCCGGAUUAUCAGACUAUACACCUCUUACUGAAAUUCCUUUAAAUUCGCUAAAAAAUACAACUGAACCACUAAAAUCUGAUGAAAAAUCUCCAAAUAUAUCUCAUCUCAUUGCUCAGGACACAGUGUCUUCGGACUUAGUGAACAAUCAAUCCCAAAUAAAUAAUUCAGAAGUUGAUGGAAAGACUUGUACUUCUACUGUUGUUUCUACGCCUGAUAAUUCUUCAGAGGUGAUUAAUAAGAAUUCUCCGAAUGAUGCAGUAAUUGAAGUUAGUGAAGAUGAGGAAGAUGGAGAGUGUGUUUGGGAGGUAGCGUCAAGUUUACCACCUGGAACAUUUACUCGCAUUUAUCCAAAUCAGUAUGUUUUCCCUGGUGCUGAAAUAUAUUUAGACAGUAAACCCGGUGAAGUAACGAUCUCAUGUAAUGCCUCAGAUAUCUCUAUUACGUCGAAUGCAUCAUCAGCAUCGUCUACUUCCGGUCAUAAUGAUGACUUAGAUCAGUUAAGAGAUUCACUUAAAGAUGAAUCUGUUUCCAUUGAUAUAACUGAAAAAGAAGAGUCCAGUAUUCAUUCAUCUGAUUCGCGUAAAUCUUUAAAACGGCAUAAUUCCAAUGAGAAUCUGUCUUUGAAUAAACAAUCAUCGUUAAAACAACCUCGAUCUAUGUAAAACAAAUAACCAAAUAAAAAGAAAGUAAAAUGGAAGACAUGAAAAUCAUUCAGUAAAGAAGUAGAAAAGAAAACAGUGAAAAUGAAUCUCAUUCAAAGACGACAACAAAAAGCUUGUUAGCUAUUUUUAUUCUUUUUCGGCUCAUCCCAUUGUUGCUUAUAUCCGUAAAUUUUUGUGUAAAUAAUAAAUAUAUAUAUCACAUAUUUUGUGUGCUUAUUUUUAUUCUUUACCGAUAUAUGUGUGUAUAUCCUUCUUUUUUUUCAAUGGAACAUUUCGUGACUACCUGUUUAUGACCACUUUUCAAUGAGUUAAAUUAAUUCACACAUUGUUAAUAUAGAUUCUGUAAAAAAAAAAGAGGAACGAAGAUUAUAAUGAUAAUUAUUAUCAGUAUUUUCUUUCAAACACGUUUCCAUGUAUGUUUCUCACUUAUUUUAUUUGAAAAAGUUCUUCCCUAUUUCCUUUCCCACUUAUUAUUACAUUAUUCAUGAUGAAUUUUGAACAUGUUUUUCUAUGCAUUUGUUGUACACUAUAAACUUAUUUUCUCGGUUAUUGUUUUACAAACAAUUAUUAUAUUAACAAGUUCUUAAGAGAUAAAUAUUGCUUUUUUAAAUUUAAUGGAACAAUAUGUCAUCGUUUAGCAAUUUAUGCAUAUGUUAUUCACGUAAAACUAAUCUUGAAAUAGUUUACAUCACAGUGUAUUGACAAUUAUAAAAAAAUCUCAUGCGUUG